CUGCGGCAGAGCGUGCGGCGUCACUUCCGGCUUCUCUUCCCUGCGGUCCCGGGCGCGAGCUGUGAGGGGGUUAGCGUGUGUGCCGAACUCCUCGGAAGCAUGGCGUCCCUUUCUCUCGCACCUGUUAAUAUCUUCAAGGCUGGAGCUGAUGAAGAGAGAGCAGAGACAGCGCGUCUGUCGUCUUUUAUUGGUGCCAUCGCUAUUGGAGAUUUGGUAAAGAGCACGUUGGGACCCAAGGGCAUGGACAAAAUUCUAUUAAGCAGUGGACGAGAUGCUUCUCUUAUGGUAACCAAUGAUGGUGCAACUAUUCUAAAAAACAUUGGUGUGGACAAUCCAGCUGCUAAAGUUUUAGUUGAUAUGUCGAGGGUUCAGGAUGAUGAAGUUGGUGAUGGCACUACCUCUGUCACUGUUCUAGCCGCAGAACUACUAAGGGAAGCAGAAUCUUUAAUUGCAAAAAAGAUUCAUCCACAGACCAUUAUUGCGGGCUGGAGAGAAGCCACAAAGGCAGCAAGACAGGCUCUGUUGAGUUCUGCAGUCGAUCAUGGUUCUGACGAAGUUAAAUUCCGUCAGGAUUUAAUGAACAUUGCGGGAACAACAUUAUCCUCAAAACUUCUUACUCAUCACAAAGACCACUUUACUAAGUUAGCUGUAGAAGCUGUUCUCAGACUGAAAGGCUCUGGUAAUCUGGAGGCAAUUCAUGUCAUCAAGAAGCUAGGAGGAAGUCUGGCAGAUUCCUAUUUAGAUGAAGGCUUUCUGUUGGAUAAAAAAAUUGGAGUAAAUCAACCAAAGCGAAUUGAAAAUGCUAAAAUUCUUAUUGCAAAUACUGGUAUGGAUACAGACAAAAUAAAGAUAUUUGGUUCCCGUGUAAGAGUUGAUUCUACAGCAAAGGUUGCUGAGAUUGAACAUGCGGAGAAGGAAAAAAUGAAGGAGAAAGUAGAACGUAUUCUUAAGCAUGGGAUAAAUUGCUUUAUUAACAGGCAAUUAAUUUACAAUUAUCCUGAACAGCUCUUCGGUGCUGCUGGUGUUAUGGCUAUUGAGCAUGCAGAUUUUGCAGGUGUGGAACGCCUCGCUCUUGUCACAGGUGGUGAAAUUGCCUCUACCUUUGACCACCCAGAACUGGUGAAGCUUGGAAGUUGCAGACUUAUUGAGGAAGUCAUGAUUGGAGAAGACAAACUCAUUCACUUUUCUGGGGUAGCCCUUGGUGAGGCUUGCACCAUUGUUCUACGCGGUGCCACUCAGCAGAUUUUAGAUGAAGCAGAAAGAUCUUUGCAUGACGCUCUUUGUGUUCUUGCCCAAACUGUGAAAGAUCCUAGAACAGUUUAUGGAGGAGGCUGUUCUGAGAUGCUGAUGGCUCACGCUGUGACACAGCUUGCCAAUAGAACACCGGGCAAGGAAGCUGUUGCGAUGGAGUCUUACGCUAAAGCCCUGAGAAUGUUGCCAACUAUCAUAGCUGACAACGCAGGCUACGACAGUGCAGACCUGGUGGCCCAGCUCCGAGCUGCCCACAGUGAAGGCAAUACGACCGCCGGCCUGGAUAUGAAGGAAGGUACCAUUGGAGACAUGGCCUUACUGGGUAUAACAGAAAGUUUCCAGGUAAAGCGACAAGUUCUUCUAAGUGCAGCCGAAGCAGCAGAGGUGAUUCUUCGUGUGGACAACAUCAUUAAAGCAGCACCAAGGAAACGUGUCCCUGAUCACCACCCCUGUUAAGCAUUCCCAUAUGCUGUUGAGCUCUGGACCAGUUCGUAGCAAAGUUGUGUUUGAAAGACUUCGAGCUCCUGAAAGAAGACUGUAGAGUCAAAGUUUAUCUGUGGCUGUUAUAUCCUUAAGUUUGGACAUUUAACUGACCUUCUAUUUUAACAUGGGUCUAAUUUAUUUGCUGUUUCAUUUUCCAUAAAAUUCAUUUGAUUUAGAGUUCAUUACUCAUACUGUGCAUCAAAAUAAAAAUUUGAACAAUUACUUAGUCCUUACCUGACUUAGUGAUUUGUACCCUGUUUUAACUACUUAAUGGGAGUGGAGGAUUGUACUUCCAGUAUGGAGUUUAUUUAGCUUGACUGACAUUAUAAUCAUUUAUGGAAAAACUAUGUUGAUUAAUGUGAAUCCAAGUCAGAUGUGAUAAAUAUACAUUAACCUUUUGAUUCUCAAUCAUACAUAAUUUUUAUUAACCAUUUUGUUUUGUGAAAGUACCAUAUACUUCAGUGCAUUUUUAAUGUUGUGUAGUCUAAGUAGUGUCUCCUACGUAGGAAAAAAUUAUGGUGGUUUCCAUUACUUCAGGUGUGAGUUACAUUUUAAAUGGUUGCUGCAAGCAGCUUCAGCACUGCUGAUACUUUACAGGGUAAUACUCUCUUAAAGGAGAUAGAUAUGGUUAGACAUAAGCAUUAUUGUUUUGUUAGGGUUUUUUGUUUUUAUAAGAAUGUGCUGAGUUGAUGGUUUAAAGGUGAAUUUAGGCUCAGAGGUAAUUAAUAGAUCGUUAUGUAGCAGGAUGCACAAGAAAUGAAGCAAAGCCCAACAGUGGUUUUCACUGGGUGUCUCAUGGAGAGACAUUCCAUUCCUGUAGAGGAACAUAAGAGUUCUCAAAGACACUUUGAUAAACCACCCUGUUCUGUUUUGCUCUUGUAUAAACGCUUGCCUCAGCAUUUUAAUAUUACUCGUUAAAAGCUAUUAAAACUGGAAAAUUUGC